AUGCCUGAUAAACAGCCAAACACUGUAAAAAUAAUAAAAAAACUAACAGAGAUGCUUCCGCGCCUCUCGGAGACGGAGGCAGAGGCAGCUCGGUACCAAAUAGAGCAGCUGAAAAACGAAAAUCCGUUUAUGUCUGGACAGGAAAAGUCUCCGGGCAGCGUGCUGGAGUGCUGGGAGGCUCGGGAUACAAGCAGAGCCAUCGCCCUCAAGAAAAGACUGUCCUUGGAGAAAAACCUCCUGGAGGGGUACCGGGUGAUUCUCCAAGAAAACACCACCGACCUGCUGCUGGAGCGGGUUGACAAGGCGCAGCGGGUGAUAUACUUUAUAGAAAAAGAAAUAUCGCAGAUGAAAAAGCUUCUGGCUGACGCAACGCUCGCGAGCAAAAACACGGCGCUGAGCAUGCUGUUCUAUACGGAGGAGGCCAAGCAGGAGGCGGCGCCCAAGCACAGCGGGCACGCGCGCCUGUCCAUAGUGGGCAUAGACACAAAAAACCCCCUGCACAAAGACAUAGCAGUGCAUAUAUACACAGACGACAUCUGCAUAGGGCAGAUAAAGGCCAGCGAGGUAAACGAAGGAAAGUCUGUGAGCAUAGACUUCCAAAACAUAAGCCGGAUGGAGUUUCUGAUAAAGGCCAAGGGCGACCUUGUCAUUGGGCUUGUGUACUUCCCCGUGCAGGACCUUGUGGAUGCAGAGGACCUUGGCGUGCGGUCUUUCUACUACAACAUUGUAGACAAAAGCACGCUCUCUAUAUCCUUCGGAAAGUGUGUGCUUGACUCGGGCGGCAUACAGCGGAGCACAAAAAGCAUAUCCACAAAGAAGUCGGCCGAGCAUCUUCUGCGGAGGCUUGGCAGCAUUUCCAUGCACAGGUGCGGCGUGUGCGGAGACAGCAAAAAAGAGCUUAAAGAAAGCCAGUUUUUCCGGUGCGACCUGUGCAAGUUCACGUGCCACACAGAGUGUGCAUACUUGAUAUUCUUUGAGUGUGUUGAGUUCAAAAAAAAGAAAGAGGCCGAGGCCGAGAAGAUGGAGCUGGAGCAGCGCCUAAACGAAAUGAAGCGGGACCGGAUAAACAUCAUUAUAGCUGCCAUAGACAUUCGAGAAAAGCCCCGGGAGGACGAGGGCAUCGCAGACCGAACGCUAAAGAAGAUGCACAGGGAGGGGGGCGGCUGCAGAGAAAGCGGAAGCUCGCAUGGCAGCGAAAGCGAAGACUCCUCGGAAGAGCCGCGCGCGCCCACCAAGCGGUACAGCGUGGAGCACGCGCUGAGCAAGCAAAAAAUGCUUGGCGUCACAUGGUGCUGCCACUGCGGAGACAAAAUAGGCAUGCUCGCCAUGGCGCUGGUCUGCUCGACGUGCCAGAACACAUACCACAUCGAGUGCCGGGGGAUGCUGUUCAAGUCCUGCGGAAUAUCGCAUGAGCUGCUGGAGGGGCUGAUAACCUGCAUACCCAAGCACCACAAGCGGGCCAAGCACAGCAAGAUUUCGAUUGAGGAGUUUGAGUUCGUGUCCUUGCUGUGCAAGGGCCCUCUGGGCAAGGUGUACAUGUGCAUGUGGAGAGACCGCGCGGUUGCGCUGAAGGUCAUGAAAAAGAAAGAGAUAAUUGUGCAGAACAGCAUGGAUCUGCUGGACGCGGAGAAAACGUGCCUGGAAAUUGCGAAAAAGUCUGAAAAUCCUUUCAUCAUAAAGCUAGAAGAGUGCUUCCAGACAAAAACGCAUCUGUUUUUUGUGACGGAGUUUCUCCCGGGGGGCGAUCUGUACUUCAAUCUGCACUGCAGGGAGAUGAGCAGCGCCGAGAUACGGAUGGUUUUGGCAGGAAUCAUCCUGGGCCUUGAGUGGCUGCACGGGGAGAACAUUAUAUACAGGGACCUUCGGCUGGAAAACGUGCUGUUUGACCAGACCGGGUAUGUAAAGCUGGGCAGCUUCGGGCUGUGCUCUAUUGGCGCACAGAGAGGCGUGGCCCACACCCUCUGCGGGGCCAUGACAAACAUAGCGCCCGAGGUGAUCGACGAGCACUACACAAAAACAGCCGACUGGUGGAGCCUUGGGGUGCUGGCAUACCAGCUUAUGCUCAAGACGCUGCCUUUUUCGGGGUCUAGCAUAAAGCAGAUAAAGGAGGCCAUCCAGAACGAUCCGCCGGCAGAGCUGGGCAAAAUCGAGGAGCCAGCCAGGUCGUUUAUAGCUGGGCUGCUCGAAAAGUCUCCGGAGAAGCGGCUUGGCUCAGACUCCGUGGGAAAGAUAAAGAGCCACCCGUACUUUGAAGGCCUUGACUGGGAAAAAAUGAAGGCGCUGGAGCUUCCUGUGGAGUGGAGGCCUUCGGGCGAGGGCAGGAACUUUGAGGUUGCUGAAACCGACGAAGACCCCUCUCUGAGCCCUGCAGAAGAAAUAGACCCCACCCUAGACGCGCGCUUUGACGACUUCUAG